AUGGCUUUAUCAACAACAGUUAUCUUCAUCCCUGGUGCGUGGCACAACCCUCAUUGUUUCGACAAAGUGACUCAACGGCUGGAAUCCGAUGGUUACAACACAGACGUCGUUCACUUGCCCUCUGUUGGUCCUAACAAGCCACAUUCCGAUUUCUUGGAAGAUGUCCUUCAGAUCAGGGAACAGAUCCAGAGUGCUGUCAAUGCUGACCAACGAGUGGUGGUCGCGAUGCACUCGUACGGUGGGCUUCCGGGCUGCGAGGCAAUUCGCGGCUUAGACUGGGCAUCUCGACAGCGCCAGGGUCAACCAGGGGGUGUCGUUCAUCUCUUCUUUUGCUGUUCGUUUAUCGUUCCGGAGGGGAAAUCAUUGAUGAGUUCUUUUGGCGGCUAUGAUCUCCCUUGGUUCCAAGUCUCGGACGAUGGAUUGCUUGUGACACCGGCUACCCCCAGAGAAACAUUCUACAACGACAUGAAUGAACUUGAUGCAAAAAAGGCUGUCGAAGCACUAAAACCGCAUAGUUACCAGACAUUUCAUAGCAACAUUACCUUCGCGGCUUGGAAGCAUGUUCCGUCCACGUACCUCUAUUGUCUGAGGGACGAGGCCAUCUCACUCUCAGUGCAGAAAACGAUGGUGGAGGAGGUUGCUAAAGGGAUCCAGAUUCAAACUCACCUUGUGGAUGCAUCUCACAGUCCUUUUUAUACAGCGCCAGACCAUGUGGCAGAUGCCAUCAAGGCCGCUACUCAGUGA